AUGGAAGCGAAUUGGGCCUGGUAUCAAUUGAUUAUAGUACUUUUCAUUGCAGCAAUCAUUAUAUGAAGAAUUGUUCUGUUUAUUUUCCCCAAAAUCAAAGAAAUGUAUGAAGAAAAAGCAAGAUUGGAAAAUCUUAAUCGAGAGAAGGAAAGGCUACUAGGAAAAAGGAAUGAAAUUCAGUAUCAUGUAGAUUGGGCGACUUAUAAUAAUGAUUUAUCAAAAGCACAAAGCUUGACACCUAGCUUAGAAAAAAUCAUGAAUAAAAUAUCAGAAAUUGAUGCAUCAUUAUCUGGUAAAAAAUCUUAAUCUUAAUUUAAUUUAUUUCAGCUGGAAUGCUGAAUUUUAAGGCUAUUUCUUCUUAUUGCUCCUAUAGAAAUUCUGAGACAUAUAAUUUUCUUUAAUUGUAAAAAAUCAAAUUUUUACGUAUAA